AGGCAGCCCAGGGCUGGGCCCGGCCCGCCUUCCCCCUCCCACUCUUUGUGGGUCACAUGAGAGGGGGCGGGCGGCUUGGGGAGAGGCAGCAGCUGAGCUCGGGGCGGCUGCUGCGUGUGUGUGAGUCUGACGGGGGCGACGGGACGGGAGCUGGGGAAACCCCCGGGCCUCGCUCAGCCUCUGCCGCUCUCGAGGGUCCUGCUCACGGCGCCCGACAUGGACGAGGAGGGCGGCGGCGGCGUACCGGAUGAUCUCUCCAUAGAAGAGAGAGAAGAACUUUUAAACAUUCGUCGCAGGAAAAAAGAACUAAUUGAUGAUAUUGAGAGGUUAAAAUUUGAAAUAGCAGAGGUUAUGACAGAAAUUGAUAAUCUGACUAGUGUAGAAGAAAGCAAAACUACACAGAGAAAUAAGCAAAUAGCUAUGGGAAGGAAGAAAUUCAACAUGGACCCUAAGAAGGGGAUCCAGUUUCUUAUAGAAAAUGACCUGCUGCAGAACACUCCAGAAGACAUUGCACAGUUCCUCUAUAAAGGGGAAGGACUAAAUAAAACUGUAAUUGGAGAUUAUCUUGGUGAGAGAGAUGAAUUUAAUAUUAAAGUUCUUCAGGCUUUCGUUGAACUCCAUGAGUUUGCUGAUCUCAAUCUUGUACAAGCCUUAAGGCAAUUCCUGUGGAGUUUCAGACUUCCAGGAGAGGCUCAGAAAAUUGACCGUAUGAUGGAAGCUUUUGCUUCACGCUAUUGCCUUUGUAACCCUGGAGUCUUUCAGUCUACAGAUACAUGCUAUGUGCUAUCAUUUGCAAUCAUUAUGUUAAAUACUAGUCUACACAACCAUAAUGUAAGAGAUAAACCAACAGUGGAGCGGUUUAUAUCUAUGAAUCGUGGCAUUAAUGAAGGUGGGGACCUUCCAGAAGAACUGCUACGGAAUUUGUAUGAAAGUAUUAAAAAUGAGCCAUUUAAAAUUCCAGAAGAUGACGGAAAUGAUCUAACACAUACAUUUUUUAAUCCAGACAGAGAAGGUUGGCUUCUGAAAUUAGGGGGAAGAGUAAAAACAUGGAAGCGGAGAUGGUUUACUGAUAAUUGCCUGUAUUAUUUUGAAUACACAACAGACAAAGAACCUAGAGGAAUUAUUCCUUUAGAAAAUCUUAGUAUAAGAGAAGUUGAAGAUCCUAGAAAACCAAACUGCUUUGAGCUCUAUAACCCCAGCCAUAAAGGUCAAGUAAUUAAAGCCUGUAAAACUGAAGCUGAUGGUAGAGUGGUAGAAGGCAACCAUGUUGUGUACAGGAUAUCUGCCCCCACCCCUGAAGAGAAGGAAGAGUGGAUCAAAUCUAUUAAAGCAAGUAUCAGCAGGGAUCCCUUUUAUGAUAUGCUGGCAACAAGAAAGAGAAGAAUUGCUAAUAAAAAAUAGCACUUAACAUCGGCCACUUACGGACCUGCACUAGUUAAUGUAUAAAUGGAUCAAAGUCAAGUGAUAAGGUAAAGUAAAAAUGAAGCAAGCUGAAUGAAAAGUUAUUAGAAAUAUAUUCUUACAUUAUAUCCCUUUGUAAGAUCAUCCAAGAAGAUUAUUAUUUUGCAUACGAUACUGGAGCAAAAUUCCCAAGGGACAAUUGCAAGGAAUGACUGUAAUGGAAUUUCAUUUACACUAACUGAAAACAUGGAAGCCUUAUGUGCAUUUUUAUUUGUUGCAAUUUCACUUUUCGGGGGAGAAAAUAUUUCAGGAUAAUAUAUUCUCCUGCCUGUUCCUUGAGCAUAUUGCCCAUGACAGGAGAUGAUGUAAGGACUUCGACAAACUAACACCUCACUGUAAUACAGCACUCAGAACUGGUGUACAGGGCUACUCAGCACUUAUUUUUCCUUAUGCAAAAAAACCUUAAUACUAGUUUUGAAAACAUAUCCUUAGCAAUGCAGCAGCAUUCUAACCCCACUUUAUAGAAAAUGAAAUUCUAAAAGCUCAUCACAUUAGCCAUUCUUACCCCAAUGCUGAAUAGUAUUAGCUUUAAAAUAUACCUUUUCAUAUUAGACUGUUAUCUAUACAGUUAAGUCCUUGGCCCAAGCAGUAGGCUGUGCACUGAAAAUAUGCAGCUACAAGGCAAGGGUUCAUGGGCUGAAGAAGUGACUUUGAGGACAGAUUUUUUCUUAAGCAGGCUAAACUUGGAUUUGCAUUAUUAUUACUGAGAAUCUCUGAUUUUGUAUGGGUCAAAUGCUCCAAAAUUACACUGAUUUUCUUUAAAGAAGGGGCAGUGUUAAGUUCCUCCUUAUUUGUGAGUUUAGCCCUAUGAAAGUCAAUAGGAUUACUUGUAUGAGUAAAGAGAGCAGUACUUGGUUAACCAAAACCUGGAAUAAAGCAAACAAUGUCUCUGUAUGUUUUGUUUUUAAACAUGGCUUCUCACAUUUGUGCUUCAGUGACUUAAAACUGGGGAGAAGAGGGAAUAGAAAAUCCUAAUUGUUAGAUCUCAUGCCAUCAACUCUACUAAAAUACUUAUCUAAUAUAACCAUUUACUUUCAAAUAUCUUGAUAACUGGUUGAAUGUCUUUUGUUGUACAGGAACUCCUCACUAAACGUUGUAGUUAUGUUCCUGAAAAAUGUGACUUUAAGCGAAACUAUGUUAAGCAAAUCCAAUUUCCCCAUAAGAAUUAAUGUAAAUGGUGGGUUAAGUUCCAGGGAUA